CGACAUUCGGUCAGAACUCUUAUUGUAGCAGUAAUGCUGAUUAUUGUUUCAAUAUUACCCUCCCUGAUAAAAAUUUACCUGAUGAUCAGAAAUGGGUUGAAUUUCGUCUAGAGUCUCCAUCAACUGCCGGAUGGCUCGGAAUUGGUAUCGGUGAGGGAAUGUCUGGAUAUUUAAUAGCAAUCACUCUCUCGCAACGUUCAGGUGAUAAACCCAACGAACCCAAAGCAACAGAUUACCAAAACGAUCUACAAUUGAUACCAAACAAAACAAGCGGCUUUAGCAAUGAUCGAUUGGUGGUAUAUUUUAGACGUCUUCAAAAAGUCAGAGAUAGUGUUAUAAAUGAAACUCAAACUUUCGCAUGGGCCUAUGCCACUACUCGACCAAGUGGUAAAGAUCCAGCUUCGAGCAUCCAAAAACAUAUAUACAGAGGUGAUGUGGUUUUAACUUUUGGAAGCGUGAAAGAAGAGAUCUCGUCGGAUACUCUGUCAAUUUAUGAUAAAUUGAUUAUUUCCCAUGCUAGUAUAAUGUUCUUUGCUUGGAUGGUAUUUUUACCUGUUGCUGUGUCGGUAGCCAGAUUUGCGAGAACUCUAUCCUUUUGGGUCAACUUGCAUCGAGGUAUUCUAGUUUUCCUUGUAAUUCCUCUUGUUAUCAUUGGCAAUGCAAUUGCUUAUGUUGCAUCGGGAGGUUUUCAGGCUAUUAGUGACCCCCACAAGAUUCUUGGUUUGAUUCUUUUUAUUUGCUUAUUCGUUCAACUGACUGUUGGUGUAUUUCAUCACGAGAUGUAUGAUCCUCGUCGAAACUACACACCUUGGUGGACUCAUCUUCAUAGGUGGCUAGGUCGUGCGAUUGUGGCCCUGGCAAUAUUUCAAGUUCCAUUAGGUUUAUCACUUUAUGGAGCAUCAAUGACAAUAUUCUAUAUUUACUAUGCCUAUGUUGCUGUCACUUUAAUUAUAUUUACAAUCCUAUCCAUUAAAUUAUAUAUCGCUAAUAGUAGGGUAGAUGAUAGAUCUGAAUUUAAACGAAUGGAUGACGACUAA